UAGUGGCAUCGAUAUCGGAAUGUCCUACGUAUCAAUGCUACACCGUUCAUUAACGGCCCAACGCUCGAGGACGCAACAUUGUCUCUUUGAUAUCGGUUUGAUCAAUUGCAGAGCAGGGGGGGCUACAACAGCAGUAGCGAGGGCGGAAACACGAUGACUAAAAUCGCCGGCAGCGACACCGGCAGCGAGAGCAGUAGCUCCAAGGAUCCGAAGAAGACUUACCCAGUUUCCAUUUACCACUACCAAAACGCACAGACCAUCACCUUGGGCAGCUUCAUCGAUAAUCAGUUUUUCAAGCAACCAAAAAAAAAUUCGGGCAAAUCUCAGAGGGUCUUGAAACAGCUGUCGGAGCGAAAGCCUAUGACACCAACUGAGCCAUUGAAUCCAAUCCAACCUGUGAAUCCGAAGGGCCAAAAAAAUCCAAUGGGACCUGUGAAUCCAAUGGACCAAGAAAUAUUACAGGAGUCAGUGAACCCAAUGGGCCAAAUUGAACCAAUUCGCCCACCGAAUCCGAUGGGUCAAAUGAAUCCAAUGGAGCCAGGGAAUUCAAAUAGACAAAUGAACCCAAUGGGGAUAGUGAAUCCAAAUGGCCAAAUGAAUUCAAUGAGCCAAAUGAACCCGAUGGACGAUAUGAAUCUGAUGAGGGGACCAGUGAAUCCAAAUGGUCAAAUUUAUCCAAAGGAGCUAGGGAAUCAAAAGGGACAAAUUAAUCCAAUGUGGCCAGAAAAUCCAAAUGACCAAAUUAAUCCAAUGUGGCCAGAAAAUCCAAAUGACCAAAUGAACCCAAUGGGGCCAGUGAAUUCAAAUGACCAAAUGAAUUCAGGUAGCCAAAUGAAUCUGAUGGCCAAAAUGAAUAUGAUGGGGAGGCCAGUGAAUCCAAAUGGUCAACUUAAUCCAAUGGAGGCAGGGAAUCCAAAUGGCCAAAUAAACCCAAUGGGGCCAGUGAAUCCAAAUGACCAAAUUAAUUCCAUGAGCCAAAAGGAUCUGAUCGACCAAGUAAAUCUGAUGGUAAAAAUGUGUAUGAUGGGGGUGUCAGUGAAUCCAAAUGGCCAAAUAAAUCCCAAGGGGCCAGUGAAUUCAAUGGAGCUAUUGAAUUAUCUAAGGGAGGCAGUGAAUCUAUUGGGCAAAAUGAAAACAACGGGGCCAACAGAUCCAAUGAAGCCCACGGAGCCAAUGGAUGGGGAGCACCAGCACCCCUUACUUGGUUCGCAAAGUGAUGCUUCGCCAUUUGACGACCCGAUGACGUUGCCUAUCGAUCUCGACGAUGACCUACCCGAUGAGCCGGUGUAUUUCGAUGCUCCCCGGGACUUGACGAAACCACUCACACCAUAUGUCGAGUCAUUGAUACAGACAUCCGCUAGAUUGCGGCGAAACCCAUUGGGUCUGAACUUUAUAGAAGAUGACGACAGUUCCGAUGAUGAGGAUACGUUUGCUAACCAAACGCUGAAACCCAUUGGUUACGAGAUGCUGAUGGCCAGGAAGCACAAGGAAAAUAUUGAACUCAUCUGCCGCUACCAUGAGGAGCAGGUGGUACUUAAGGUCCGCACCAUCGCGUUUAUAUGGGAGAACUAUAGAAGCGAUAGCACGCUGCCGCCAAACAAGACUAUUUGGAGUGUGGAGCGCCAUGAGCUCAAGCCAAGACAUGUGCCACCCAAUCCGCCGGCCCAGUCAAAUCCAACCAAUUCGAUGCCCUCGAACGUGACGGCCCCUCCGACAUACUGGAUUCAGAACAACUAUCCCAUGCAGCAUGCCAACUUGCAUCCCAAUAAUCAGUCGGCUCCGGCAACUGAAGUCCAGUACCUAAAUGAGAACUGGUGGCACAAUGCCAACUACAUGAACUUCUUUGCUAAUAUGGACCACAUCUUGGUCAACCUGUCGCAGAUGGAGCUGUACGCUGCCCAGAUGUACAACGUGUACGGCGAGGCGUUCUUCGAGACAGCCAUUGGCAGAUACUUCCCGGGAGACCCUACCGGCUCCUCCCCGCCAUUUGGUGAGAUUCAGCUCCAGUUCAUGGAGCGGAUCCGCAAGAUCCAUCAUAUCAAUAAGAUUAAUAAGAUCAAUCAGAUCCAUCGGAUUCAACAGCACCAACAGGAACCCCAGCAGUUCCAACAGUCGCCACAGUUCCAACAGUCGCAGCAGUUCCAAAAGUCACAGCAGUUCCAACAGUCGCAGCAGUUCCAAAAGUCAAAGCAGUUCCAAAAGUCGCAGCAGUUCCAACAGUCGCAGCAGUUCCAAAAGUCAAAGCAGUUCCAACAGUCGCAGCAGUUCCAACAGCGGCAGCAGUUCCAACAGCCGCAGCAACAGAUGCAGCAGCGUUCGCGCAACUAUUCAUCGGACCUCCAAGUGAUGGGGCAUAAAAUGGACAGGACAUUACCAGGACAUCGCCAGGUGCAACACGAGAAUCAGCCGAACAUGCGCUACUCAAGAGCUGGAGAGGAAGGACCACUUCCAGGACGCUUUGCUGGAGGCGAAGAGUUUGGCGGAUGCAAGCCAAAUCCCGGUCUAAAUGCUGCAAAGCCUCGUUUUAAUAACAUAAUUGAGUCGGAGCGCCAAGAAAGUGACUCUGAUGGGCGUUGGUGCUAGAGCAUCGGAUGGAAAGAAAGAUGAUCUCAAAAAACUGGAAGAUCUCGCCUUGAUCAAAACACACUUCCCACCGCUACUUAGUAACCAAAUUUGGUAAAUCUCAGGGGAACAGGACAACGUGAAACAGAAAUGUUGAAAACAUCUAUUUGUGGCCUAAAUAUAAGAGCCUUCUUUUGUAUACCCUUGAAAACAGAAUUGCAUUUACACAUAUGUAUCUACAUAUUGUUAACAGAAAACAAAAUUUUAUUUGCACAGAUACGAGAAACUUUUGCUAACAAAAAAAAGAAAUUCAUUUACACACAUAUGUAUGUAUCUACAUAUUGUUAACAGAAAACAAAAUUGCAUUUGAAAAGAUACGAAAAAUUUACACACAUAUGUAUCUACAUAUUGUUAACAGAAAACAAAAUUGGAUUUGAAAAGAUUCGUGAAUCUUUUGCUAACAGAAAAAAAGAAAUUUCAUUUACAUACAAAUUUAUUGGUAACAGAAAAAAGAAUUGCACUUACAAGAUAUGUGAGUAAAUGUAAUCCUUUUUCUUUUUUAACAAAAAAAAAAUUUUUAUUUACACAGAUACGAGAAUCUUUCGUAAGUGAAAAUGAAUUUUAAUUUACACACAAAUCUUUUGUAACAGAAAAAGGAAUUCAUUUACACACAUAUAUUGAUAAUAGACAAAAUAAUUGCAUUUACAGUCAUACGCAAAUCUAUUGUUAACAGAAAAAAAAUUGCAUUUACACAAAAAUUCCAUUAACAAAAAGAAUUUCAUAUAUACACAAAUCUAUUGUUAACAGAAAACAGAAUUUAAUUCACCAUUUUUUAUAAACACCUAAUAAAUCCACCGAACAUGCAUCAAAAUGCUUGACUCGUGUGGAAGAUAAGUUUGCUACGAUGUAUACAAUAUCGCAGGUUCGUGAUCAAUUUCGUGAUUACAAUUUUGUGAUAGCUAGUUAUCAAUCCCUUCCUAUACAAUUUCAGGGACUAAAGCCAAACAGAAUUAUAUUUACAUUUUUUAUACAAACUACUGAUGACAAUAAAACCUUUACUACAAAAUA